CUAGAAGUUUUGGCUGUGAUACAAGCAGUGAUGAAAAACACAUGAGUAGUAACAAGUUUUCUUAACAUCAUUCUUCAGUACUCAGAUAGACUAAUCUACAGAAGCAGUUUAUUCAAGUAUCACCCAGAGUGCCAGGAGGAACAGGAACUUUAAAGUGAUUUUUUUACCCUCUUAUUAUUUAUUGUUCAUUUUAUAGGCUUGAAACUCAAUUCUAUAUAGUAAGGAACUGGAUAUAAAUUUUUCAGGUGGAUUAUUAUUUUUAGAAGGACUUGACAAACCAACAAGGAGUGUGAUAUCUGAAGACAUGAGAGAGUAUCUGCUUCUCCUCCUCUUGGCUAUGUGCUCUGCUAAGCCUUUUAUAAGCCCUUCAUACUUCACCUUCAAGAACAUGAUGCUCAUGGAUAUGGAAGACCUGGAUGACAAUGACGACGACGACGACGACAAGGAUGACGAUGAUAAGGAUGAUGAUAAUUCUGUUUUUCCAACUAGGGCACCCUUUAUACCCUUUGACUUAUUCCCUGUAUGUCCCUUUGGAUGUCAGUGCUACUUGAGAGUUGUACACUGUUCAGAUUUGGGUUUAACUGCAAUACCAAGAAAUAUUCCAUUUGAUACUCGCAUGAUAGACCUUCAAAACAACAAAAUAAAAGAGGUCAAGGAAAAUGAUCUCAGAGGACUCACAUCACUAUAUGCACUUGCCUUGAACAAUAACAAAAUAACCAAGAUCCAUCCCAAAGCCUUUCAAUCAACAAACAAGUUGCGGCGCCUCUACUUGUCCCAUAAUCAUUUAACUGAGAUCCCAGCAAAUCUACCAAAGAGUUUAGCUGAGAUAAGAAUUCAUGAAAACAAGGUGAAAAAGAUACACAAAGAAGCAUUUAAAGGAAUGAAGGAUUUACAUGUUUUAGAGAUGAGUGCAAAUCCUCUUAAUAAUGAUGGGAUAGAACCUGGAGCCUUUGACGGUGGAACUGUCUAUCAUAUAAGGAUUGCAGAAGCUAAAUUAACCUCUAUUCCUAAAGGAUUGCCAUCCAGCCUUCUGGAACUUCACCUAGAUGACAACAAAAUUUCUGCAGUAGAGCUUGAGGAUUUUAUUCGUUAUAAAAAUCUUCAAAGGUUGGGGCUGGGAAACAACAGAAUCAAGGAUGUGGAAAAUGGCAGUUUUGCUAAUAUACCAAAUGUACGAGAAAUACAUCUAGAGAAGAAUAAACUAAAAAAAGUGCCUUCUGGUUUGUCAGAUCUGAAGUAUCUACAGGUUGUCUUUCUUCAUUCUAACAGUAUUUCAAAAGUGGGAGUGAAUGAUUUUUGCCCAACAGGAAGAAGGCUGAAGAAGACACUAUAUAGUGGCAUAAGCUUAUUCAACAAUCCUGUAAAAUACUGGGAUAUCCAAUCUGAAACAUUUCGCUGCAUAUUAAACAGAAAUAGUGUGCAAAUUGGAAAUUAUGGAAAAUAAAGUUGUAUAUCAAAAUCACCAUUCAAGCAGCAAUGUUAAAUCAGCAUUAUAAUACUUGAAAUUUGUUGAAGUUGGACCACCUUUACUGUCCAAUUGAUUUAUAAAAUACCUACAAUUAUUUCAGAGUUUGUAAAUUACUACGGUAAUAUCCCAUAAAAGCCCUUUAUUAUUUUAAAUUUAUAAAUCUUGUAGAAUAAUAGGCUUCCUGAACACUAAACUGGAAACUAUCAUGCAGUGUUUCCUAUCACUGUUGUCCAGCUAUCUAUGUUAUAUAGACUGUUUUUUUCUUGGCAGAAAAUAAUGCAGAUUUAAAACAUUUUUAUGGGUAAACUAUUGUUUUCCGUAUUGCACAUGUCUCCUAUAUUUAUCAGAUUUCAAGGGGAAAAUUAUGAACUCUUAAGUUAACAAAAGUAAACUAAACUGGCUAAGAAGAAACUUUAAAAGGUACUGUAUUAUUAAUUUGAUGGUCAAAUACUUCAGGUCAGACUAGAUAAUAUUUAUAUCUUUGUAGUAAACUGAAAGACAAGAAUGGUACCAUACACUUAAUAGCCUCAAAGCUAUAAAUAUUUAUUUAUUCAUGUAGUUUACCCUAAAACUAUAUAUUCCUUUGUUAACAAACGUGUAUGUAUGCUAAAUAUUAACAAUCUAGAAAUCCUAUAAGCUAUUUUUUUAAAGGAAUAACUAAAUUCUCUGCAGGCCAGUACAAAUAUAGCAUUUUGUUAUAGACUGUAAAAAAUCUUUACUCCAGUUGGCAGUAAUGCAAAGAGCUGCAGUCACAGGGGCCUUGUGCUCUGUUUGUUGCAAAGGGAAUUUUUAAUGCAUGAACAGGAAUUCCAAACACGUGCAGCAUACCCAGCCUAGCUUAUAGAGAAAAAAGGAGUAGCCCCCGCAUGCACAGAGCUGUGUGUGUGCAUACUGCACCACUGGAUCAUCACCAUUGUAUGCUGUCCUUGUAUUGUAUAUCCGUUCCAUAUUACUUCUUGAGUACUGUAACUUUACUGAAUCCAGCCGGCAUAUAAUGCAAACUGUAUUUGAUCAUGGUUGAAUAACUAAUAAUGGUACUGUAUAAAGGUGGCUAUCUUGACUCUGUAUUUAGUGUACAUGUUAUUCACAUAAAUAGGAAGUUACGAGAAUUAUAAAAUUCUAAAUUGUGUCCAUUAAAAUGUUAGAUUGAAACCUGUAAUAUGUCAUGCUG